AUGUUGAUUACUUCAAAUCAAGAAAAUGUACGUUCUUUGAUAAAACCACUGUCAACUACAUCUCCUGCUGCAAUAGCUGCUGUUCAAAUGGUUACUCCAAACAAAUUAUCUUCACUUUUAUUGAAACGAGGUCCAUUGGCAAUAAGACAUAUCACUCAAACUUUAAGUGAAGAAAUCCCAAGUUUUAAAGAUUUAUCCUCUUCGAAACAAAGAAGAUUGAUCAUGAGUGUAAUGGAAUCGGGAGAUGAAUCAAAUAAUGUUGUUUUUGAAAAAAUUGGUUGGGGUCAAUGGAAUGCAAAAAUUGUAAAUGAAAAUGAGAAUUUUAUUGAUAUUAGAAGUUUAACAAAUUUAAAUAAUGCUAAGAUUAAAGAUAUGAUUUCACAGGAAUCUCAAAAAAGAAGAAGAAAAAAUAAUUCAAAUCUACAACAACAACAAACUUUCACCGCCUCGAGCAAGAACGUCAGUGUGACACAAUUGAAAAAUUGUAUUAAUGAAAUUGAAAAUUCAAAAAAUCCAACAACAAUUGUUGAAAAAGAAGAAAUUGAUGACAACAAGUAUAGUCAUAAUAUAAAAUUAAUUGAACAAUCUUCACCAAAGAAACGAUUUAAACAGUUGUCAUGUGAGAAUGGAAAACACUUUAAUAAUGAUAAAGACGAAGAUGACGAUCGUGUGCAAAAUCUUCCUAUUGAUGAAAAUAAAUAUGACGCAGAUGUUGAUUUAGGUGACGGUGAACCUGUUGAUGAUGAAGAUUAUGAAUAUGAUCGUAAUCAUAAUAUAAAAAUUCAUAGUAGGCCGUUUAUUAAAAAAGAAUUUGAGCAUGAAGAAAAUAAUGAAAUUGAAGAUAUCGACCUUUAUAAUAUUCAAAAUAAUUUAGAGUUUAUGCCACACGUAAAUCCGAAUGCUUAUUACACGUUCACAAAUGUUUCAAGGGUAAGAAAACCAACAAUUGUACUUUCAGAUUCAAAUUUGCUUUCAAAGGAUCUAGAAAAGGCAUUUUUAUUCCAAAGGAAAGUUAAACAAUUAGGAAAAUAUCAGCCUAAUAAAAAUUUAACAAGAAAAGGCCAUAAUCGCCAACAUAAUUCCAACACAAUUCCUUCAAAUAAUAACAAUAAUACAAAUGAUAAUGACAAUAUUAAUAAUGACAAUCACAACAACGAAGAUAAACCAAAAUUCUAUACUACUACUUCUGGCACUCAAAAAUUAUCAAAAAGACGCCUUUCCAUAUCAAAGGAAUCAUCAAUAAGAUCAACAUUAUAUUUUGCAAAAAAUAAAAACAAAAUUAAAAGUAAAAAUAACCAAAGUUGUCUCAAUAAUGACAUUCCAAGAUUUCAUCAGGUAAGAAAAAAUAUUGAUACUGACAUAAAUAAAUCCUUCCAUUCCGAAACAGAUGAAGAAGAUUGGGCUACGAUUGGUGCAAUAUCAUUAAGAAAUCCAAAGAAAAAUGAGUUAAAACUAAUUGCUGAUCCAAAAGAAAAUGAAGAAGAUAGUAAUAAAAAUAAAAAUUCAGUAUCAUUUGAUGAAAAUAAUGCCGCCUGUUUGCUCCUAAGUUUGAAAUCGUGA